AUGGCCGAUGACGAAGAAUAUGAGGAGGUGGUGGAGUAUUACACAGAAGAGACAGUCUAUGAAGAGGUGCCAGGAGAGACAAUAACAGAAGUCCAUGAAACUACGACAACAAGGACAACCACAUCUGACUAUGAGCAAUCCAAACCAGCGCUGCCACAGCCAGUGUCGGCACAGCCAGUACCAGCCAAGCCCCUGGAGAGGAAGAAGGUUAUCCGGAAGAAAUUGGAUUCUUCGAAGUUCAUGACCCCCUACAUUGCACACAGUCAGAAAAUGCAGGAUCUCUUUAGCCCUAAUAAAUACAAGGAGAAAUAUGAGAAAGCUAAAGGACAGCCAUACGCCAUCACAUCUGAUACCCCAGAACUUCGCCGAAUCAAGAAAGUACAAGAUCAACUCAGUGAGGUUAAGUAUCGAAUUGAUGGCGAUGUUGCUAAAACUAUCUGUCACGUAGACGAAAAAGCAAAGGACAUUGAACAUGCAAAGAAAGUGUCGCAGCAAGUCAGUAAGGUUUUAUACAAGCAGAACUGGGAAGACACCAAGGAUAAGUACCUGCUUCCCCCUGAUGCCCCUGAACUUGUCCAGGCAGUUAAGAACACAGCCAUGUUCAGUAAGAAACUGUACACUGAAGACUGGGAAGCUGACAAGAGCUUAUUUUACCCAUACAAUGAUAGUCCAGAGCUGAGGAGGGUUGCCCAAGCCCAGAAAGCCCUCAGUGAUAUUGCCUACAAAAAAGGUCUUGCUGAACAGCAAUCUCAAUUCACAUCUCUGCCAGAUCCUCCAGACAUAGAGUUUGCUAAGAAAGUGACCAAUCAAGUGAGCAAGCAAAAAUACAAAGAAGACUAUGAAAAUAAAAUCAAAGGCAAAUGGAGUGAGACACCUUGCUUUGAAAUUGCAAACGCCAGAAUGAAUGCUGAUAACAUCAGCACAAGAAAAUACCAGGAAGACUUCGAGAGUAUGAAAGACCAGAUCUACUUCAUGCAGACCGAAACACCAGAGUACAAAGUGAAUAAACAAGCUGGGGUGGCAGCUAGCAAGGUAAAAUACAAAGAAGACUAUGAAAAGAAUAAAGGAAAAGCAGAUUAUAAUGUACUUCCUGCUUCAGAGAACCCACUGCUCAAACAGCUGAAGGCGGCAGGAGAUGCCCUGAGUGAUAAACUAUACAAGGAAAACUAUGAAAAGACAAAGGCAAAGAGCAUAAAUUACUGCGAAACCCCCAAAUUUCAACUUGAUACAGUUCUGCAGAACUUCACUAGUGAUACCAAGUACAAAGAUUCCUACCUAAAGAAUGUUUUGGGACAUUAUGUAGGCAGCUCUGAGGAUCCAUAUUAUACACACUGCAUGAAAGUCACAGCUGAAAACAGCGAUAAAAACUACAAAGCAGAAUAUGAAGAAGACAGAGGCAAAUGCUUCUUCCCCCAGACCAUAACUCAAGAAUAUGAAGCAAUCAAGAAACUAGAUCAGUGUAAAGAUCACACCUACAAAGUCCAUCCAGAUAAGACAAAAUUCACUCAAGUCACUGACUCUCCUGUUCUGGUGCAAGCCCAAGUUAAUUCCAAACAACUGAGUGAUCUGAACUACAAAGCAAAACAUGAAAGCGAAAAGUUCAAGUGCCACAUACCUCCAGAUACUCCUGCCUUCAUCCAACACAAAGUCAAUGCCUAUAACCUGAGUGAUAAUAUCUAUAAGCAAGACUGGGAGAAGAGCAAAGCAAAGAAAUUUGACAUUAAAGUGGACGCCAUUCCCCUGCUGGCAGCCAAAGCCAACAGCCGGAUUGCCAGCGAUGUGAUGUACAAGAAAGACUAUGAGAAAAGCAAAGGGAAGAUGAUUGGAGCCCUCAGCAUUAAUGAUGAUCCCAAGAUGCUGCACUCUUUGAAAACGGCCAAAAACCAGAGUGAUAGAUUAUACAAAGAAAACUAUGAGAAGACAAAAGCAAAGAGCAUGAACUACUGUGAGACCCCCAAAUAUCAACUUGACACUCUGCUGAAGAACUUCAGUGAGGCUAAGUACAAAGAUUCAUAUGUGCAGAAUAUUUUGGGACAUUAUGUAGGCAGCGUCGAGGACCCAUAUCAGAUACACUGCAGGAAAGUUUCAGCACAAAACAGUGACAAAAAUUACAAAGCAGAAUAUGAAGAAGAUAAAGGGAAAUGCUAUUUCCCUCAGACAAUAACGCAAGAAUAUGAAGCAAUUAAGAAGCUAGACCAGUGCAAAGAUCAUACGUACAAAGUUCAUCCAGAUAAGACCAAAUUCACGGCUGUCACUGAUACUCCUGUACUGCUGCAAGCCCAGCUCAACACGAAACAGCUUAGCGACCUGAAUUACAAAGCAAAGCAUGAAAGUGAGAAAUUCAAGUGCAAUGUACCAGCAGAUGCUCCACAGUUUAUCCAACACAGAGUCAAUGCCUAUAACUUGAGCGACAAUAUCUAUAAGCAAGACUGGGAGAAGAGCAAAGCAAAGAAAUUUGACAUUAAAGUGGACGCCAUUCCCCUGCUGGCAGCCAAAGCCAACAGCCGGAUUGCCAGCGAUGUGAUGUACAAGAAAGACUAUGAGAAAAGCAAAGGGAAGAUGAUUGGAGCCCUCAGCAUUAAUGAUGAUCCCAAGAUGCUGCACUCUUUGAAAACGGCCAAAAACCAGAGUGAUCGUGAAUAUCGUAAAGACUACGAGAAGUCAAAAACCAUCUACACUGCACCUCUUGAUAUGCUCCAAGUCACUCAAGCUAAAAAAUCUCAGGAAAUUGCCAGUGAUGUGGACUAUAAGCACAUCUUACACAAUUACAGCUACCCACCCGAUAGCAUCAAUGUGGAUCUCGCCAAGAAGGCUUAUGCACUACAGAGUGAUGUUGAAUACAAAGCCGACUACAACAGCUGGAUGAAAGGCUGUGGCUGGGUGCCUUUCGGGUCCUUGGAAAUGGAAAAGGUGAAGAGAGCUUCAGACAUCCUGAAUGAGAAAAAAUACCGCCAACAUCCAGACACUCUCAAGUUUACCUCGAUUGAAGAUGCUCCGAUUAUAGUACAGUCUAAAAUCAACCAGGCUCAGAGAAGUGAUGUUGCCUACAAAGCCAAAGGAGAAGAAAUUCUUCACAAAUACAGUCUGCCAGCAGACCUGCCCCAGUUCAUCCAGGCUAAAGUUAAUGCCUACAACAUCAGUGAGAGUAUGUACAAAACAGACUUGAAAGAUUUGAGCAAGAAGGGAUAUGACCUGAGAUCGGACGCGAUUCCCAUCAGAGCUGCCAAGGCUGCCAGGCAGGCGGCAAGUGACGUUCAGUACAAAAAAGAUUAUGAAAAAGCCAAAGGAAAAAUGGUUGGCUUCCAAAGUCUCCAAGAUGACCCUAAACUGGUUCAUUAUAUGAAUGUGGCCAAGAUCCAGUCAGACCGGGAGUUUAAAAAAGACUAUGAAAAGACAAAGACGAAAUACAACACGCCACAUGAUAUGUUCAAUGUUGUGGCAGCGAAGAAGGCUCAGGACGUUGCCAGCAAUGUCAAUUACAAGCAUUCGCUCCAUCAUUACACCUACCUGCCUGACGCCAUGGACCUGGAGUUGUCUAAAAACAUGAUGCACAUACAGAGUGAUAAUGCCUACAAGGAAGACUAUAACACCUGGAUGAAAGGCAUAGGCUGGAUACCUAUUGGCAGUCUGGACAUAGAAAAAGUUAAGAAGGCGGGUGAUGCCUUGAAUGAAAAGAAGUACAGACAACAUCCAGACACCCUCAAAUUUACCAGCAUUGUGGACUCCCCAGUUAUGGUCCAGGCAAAACAGAACACAAAGCAAAUCAGUGAUGUCUUAUACAAAGCUAAAGGAGAAGACGUGAAGCAUAAAUAUACUAUGAGUCCUGAUCUUCCUCAGUUUCUCCAGGCCAAGUGCAAUGCUUACAAUAUAAGUGAUGUCUGUUAUAAACGGGACUGGCAUGAUUUAAUAGCCAAGGGCAACAAUGUGCUGGGUGACGCUAUUCCCAUCGCUGCAGCCAAAGCUUCCAGAAACAUUGCUAGUGAUUAUAAAUACAAGGAAGCUUAUGAGAAGUCAAAGGGAAAGCAGGUGGGUUUUAGAAGCCUCCAGGAUGAUCCCAAGCUGGUCCAUUAUAUGAAUGUGGCAAAGUUGCAGUCAGAUCGUGAAUACAAGAAGAACUAUGAGAACACCAAAACCAGCUACCAUACCCCUGGGGACAUGGUUAGUAUUACUGCUGCAAAGAUGGCCCAGGAUGUUGUCACCAACGUCAACUACAAACAGCCGAUACAUCAUUACACAUACCUACCCGAUGCCAUGAGCCUCGAGCAUACCAGGAAUGUGAAUCAAAUUCAGAGUGAUAAUGUAUAUAAAGAUGAGUAUAACAACUUCUUCAAAGGCAUUGGAUGGAUCCCUCUUGGUUCUCUAGAGGUUGAGAAGGUCAAGAAAGCAGGUGAUGCUUUAAAUGAGAGGAAGUAUCGACAGCAUCCAGAUACCAUCAAGUUCACAAGUGUGCCUGAUUCCAUGGGCAUGGUUUUGGCUCAGAAGAACACAAAGCAGCUAAGUGAUUUGAACUACAAAAUAGAGGGAGAAAAGCGGAAGCAUAAGUACACUAUGGACCCUGAAUUGCCUCAGUUUAUUCAAGCCAAGGUCAAUGCCUUCAACAUGAGUGAUUCUCAUUAUAAAGCAGACUGGAAGAAAACUCUUGCUAAGGGCUAUGAUUUGAGACCAGAUGCCAUUCCAAUUGUUGCUGCAAAAAGUUCAAGGAAUAUUGCUAGUGAUUUCAAGUAUAAGGAGGCUUAUGAGAAAGCCAAAGGCAGGCAAAUUGGAUUUCUCAGUCUUCAGGAUGAUCCUAAACUGGUUCAUUACAUGAAUGUAGCCAAAAUGCAGUCAGAUCGUGAGUACAAAAAGGGCUAUGAAGCCAGCAAGACCAGGUAUCACACACCCUUGGACAUGUUCAGUGUGACCGCAGCCAAGAAAUCUCAGGAGGCUGUUACCAACACGAACUACAAACAGCCCUUCCACAGCUACACUCUGCUGCCUGAUGCCUUGAAUGUGGAGCAUUCCAGGAAUGCAAUGCAGAUCCAAAGCGAUAAUCUAUACAAAUCCGACUUCACCAACUGGAUGAAAGGGAUCGGCUGGGUCCCCAUAGAGUCACUGGAGGUGGAGAAGGCCAAGAAAGCAGGAGAUAUACUUAGUGAGAAGAAGUAUCGCCAGCAUCCUGAGAAGCUGAAGUUUACCUAUGCCAUGGACACAAUGGAACAAGCACUUAACAAAAGUAACAAACUGAAUAUGGAUAAGAGGCUCUACACUGAAAAGUGGAACAAAGACAAGACCACCAUUCAUGUCAUGCCAGACACUCCAGACAUCUUACUUUCCAGAAUGAACCAAAUCACCAUGAGUGAUAAACUGUACAAAGCUGGCUGGGAAGAAGAGAAGAAGAAAGGAUAUGACCUGAGGCCUGAUGCCAUUCCAAUAAAGGCUGCAAAAGCCUGUAGAGACAUUGCCAGCGAUUACAAAUACAAGCAAGCCUAUGAACAAACCAAAGGGAAACACAUUGGCUUCCGGAGCCUAGAGGACGACCCCAAGCUGGUGCACUUCAUGCAGGUGGCCAAGAUGCAGUCUGACCGGGAGUAUAAGAAGGCAUAUGAGAAAUCUAAGACGUCCUUCCACACCCCAGUGGACAUGUUAAGUGUGGUGGCAGCCAAGAAGUCUCAGGAAGUGGCCACCAAUGCCAACUACAGAAAUGUGAUCCAUAACUACAACAUGCUUCCGGACGCCAUGGGCUUUGAAUUGGCCAAAAAUAUGAUGCAGCUUCAAAGUGAUAAUCAGUACAAAGCUGACUAUGUUGACUUCAUGAAGGGCAUUGGAUGGCUCCCUCUGGGCUCCCUGGAGGCUGAGAAAAACAAGAAAGCCAUGGAGAUUAUCAGUGAAAAGAAGUACCGCCAGCACCCAGACACUUUGAAGUAUUCCACUUUGAUGGACUCAAUGAACAUGGUUUUGGCCCAGAAUAAUGCAAAAAUUAUGAAUGAACAUCUCUACAAACAAGCAUGGGAGGCUGAUAAGACCAAAGUCCACAUUAUGCCCGAUAUCCCCCAGAUUAUUUUGGCAAAGGCAAAUGCAAUUAAUAUGAGUGAUAAACUCUACAAACUUUCUUUGGAAGAAUCUAAAAAGAAAGGCUAUGAUCUCAGAACUGAUGCAAUUCCUAUCAAAGCUGCCAAAGCCUCAAGAGAUAUUGCAAGUGAUUAUAAAUACAAAUACAAUUAUGAAAAGGAAAGGGGGAAAAUGGUUGGUUUCCGUAGUCUUGAGGAUGAUCCCAAAUUAGUCCAUUCCAUGGAAGUGGCUAAGAUGCAGUCUGAUCGGGAGUACAAGAAAAACUAUGAGAAGACAAAGACCAGUUAUCAUACUCCUGCUGACAUGCUCAGCGUCACGGCUGCCAAGGAUGCCCAAGCCAACAUCACCAACACCAACUACAAGCACUUGAUUCACAAGUACGUCCUUCUUCCAGACGCCAUGAGCAUUGAGUUGACCAGGAACAUGAAUCGCAUACAGAGUGAUAAUGAAUACAAGCAGGACUACAAUGUGUGGUACAAAGGACUUGGUUGGAGUCCAGCUGGUUCCCUAGAAGUGGAGAAUGCCAAGAAAGCGACUGAAUAUGCCAGUGAUCAGAAAUACCGCCAGCAUCCUAGCAACUUCCAGUUCAAGAAGCUGAAUGACUCUAUGGACAUGGUUCUUGCCAAGCAGAAUGCACAUACCAUGAACAAGCACUUAUAUACCAUUGACUGGAACAAAGAUAAAACCAAGAUUCAUGUGAUGCCAGAUACACCAGAUAUUUUACAAGCCAAGCAGAAUCAAGCUAUGUAUAGCCAGAAACUCUAUAAACUUGGAUGGGAAGAAGCUUUGAAGAAAGGAUAUGAUCUCCCAGUUGAUGCAAUUUCUGUGCAGAUGGCCAAAGCUUCAAGGGACAUUGUUAGCGAUUUUAAAUACAAGCAAGGCUACCGCAAACAACUUGGCCACCAUAUUGGAUUCCGGAGUCUGGAAGAUGAUCCAAAGCUUGUAUUGUCCAUGAAUGUAGCCAAAAUGCAGAGUGACAGGGAAUACAAGAAGGACUUUGAGAAGUGGAAGACCAAGUUCAGCAGCCCAGUGGACAUGUUAGGAGUCGUGCUGGCCAAGAAAUGCCAGGCCUUAGUCAGUGAUGUGGACUAUAAGAACUACCUGCAUCAGUGGACGUGCCUGCCUGACCAGAAUGAUGUUAUUCAAGCUAAAAAAGUUUAUCAACUACAGAGUGAGAAUCUGUAUAAGUCUGACCUUGAGUGGCUGAGAGGCAUAGGAUGGAGUCCCCUGGGUUCUUUGGAGGCAGAAAAGAACAAACGGGCUUCAGAUAUCAUCAGUGAGAAGAAAUACCGUCAGCCUCCAGACAGGAACAAGUUUACCAGCAUUCCUGAUGCCAUGGACAUAGUUUUGGCAAAGACAAAUGCCAAAAAUAGGAGUGACAGACUUUAUAGAGAAGCUUGGGACAAGGACAAGACUCAGAUCCACAUCAUGCCUGAUACACCUGACAUUAUUCAGGCUAAAGCAAACUUAAUCAAUACAAGUGAUAAACUCUACCGAAUGGGUUAUGAGGAAUUGAAGAAAAAAGGUUACGAUCUCCCCCUUGAUGCCAUACCAAUCAAAGCAGCAAAAGCAUCCCGAGAAAUUGCCAGUGAAUACAAGUACAAGGAAGGCUUUCGCAAGCAACUUGGCCACCAUAUUGGAGCCCGGGACAUCAAAGAUGACCCUAAGAUGAUGUGGUCCAUGCACGUGGCCAAGAUCCAGAGUGACAGGGAGUACAAGAAGGACUUUGAGAAGUGGAAGACCAAGUUCAGCAGCCCAGUAGACAUGCUGGGGUUGGUGCUGGCCAAGAAGUGCCAGACCCUGGUCAGUGAUGUGGACUAUAAGAACUAUCUACAUCAGUGGACAUGCCUGCCUGACCAGAAUGAUGUCACCCAUGCUCGGCAGGCCUAUGACCUCCAGAGUGAUAAUUUGUACAAGUCUGACCUUCAGUGGCUAAGAGGCAUUGGCUGGCUACCCAGUGGCUCUCUUGAGGAUGAGAAGAACAAGAGAGCUUCCCAGAUUUUGAGUGAUCAUGUUUACCGUCAGCACCCAGAUAAAUUCAAGUUUUCAAGCCUUAUGGACUCCAUCCCAAUGGUUUUGGCAAAAAACAAUGCUAUUACCAUGAACCAUCGCCUCUAUACAGAAGCUUGGGAUAAAGACAAAACCACUGUCCACAUUAUGCCAGAUACUCCUGAAGUUUUACUAGCUAAACAAAACAAAAUAAAUUACAGUGAGAAACUGUAUAAACUUGGCCUAGAAGAAGCCAAAAAGAAAGGCUAUGAUAUGCGGUUGGAUGCCAUUCCCAUUAGGGCAGCCAAGGCCUCCAGAGACAUUGCAAGUGAAUUCAAGUACAAAGAAGGCUAUCGUCAGCAGCUUGGCCAUCACAUUGGUGCCCGAGCAAUACAUGAUGAUCCUAAAAUGAUGUGGUCCAUGCACGUGGCCAAGAUCCAGAGUGACAGGGAGUACAAGAAGGACUUUGAGAAGUGGAAGACCAAGUUCAGCAGCCCAGUGGACAUGUUGGGGGUUGUUCUGGCCAAGAAGUGCCAGACCUUAGUCAGUGACAUAGACUAUAAGAACUACCUGCAUGAAUGGACAUGCCUGCCUGACCAGAACGACGUCAUCCAUGCUCGGCAAGCCUAUGAUCUCCAGAGCGAUAAUAUGUACAAGUCGGAUCUCCAAUGGUUGAGAGGCAUCGGCUGGGUUCCUAUUGGCUCUUUGGAUGUGGAAAAAUGCAAAAGGGCAUCUGAAAUUUUGAGUGAUAAAAUCUAUCGCCAACCUCCAGACAGAUUCAAAUUUACCAGUGUGACUGAUUCUUUGGAACAAGUGUUAGCCAAGAAUAAUGCCAUUAACAUGAACAAGCGUUUAUACACGGAAGCAUGGGACAAAGACAAGACCCAGAUCCACAUCAUGCCAGACACACCAGAAAUUAUGUUGGCAAGAAUGAACAAAAUCAACUACAGUGAGAGUCUGUAUAAACUUGCCCAUGAAGAAGCAAAGAAGAAAGGCUAUGACCUGCGAAGCGAUGCCAUCCCAAUCGUGGCAGCCAAGGCCUCCAGGGACAUUGCCAGUGAUUACAUAUACAAAGAUGGUUACCGCAAGCAACUUGGCCACCACAUUGGAGCCCGGGACAUCAAGGAUGACCCCAAGAUGAUGUGGUCCAUGCAUGUGGCCAAGAUCCAGAGUGACAGGGAGUACAAGAAGGACUUUGAGAAGUGGAAGACCAAGUUCAGCAGCCCAGUGGACAUGUUGGGGGUUGUUCUGGCCAAGAAGUGCCAGACCUUAGUCAGUGACAUAGACUAUAAGAACUACCUGCAUGAGUGGAUAUGCCUGCCUGACCAGAACGACGUCAUCCAUGCUCGGCAGGCCUAUGACCUCCAGAGCGAUAACAUCUACAAAUCAGAUCUCCAGUGGCUGAGAGGUAUUGGCUGGGUCCCCAUUGGGUCUGUGGAUGUGGUCAUGUGCAAGAGAGCUGCGGAGAUACUGAGUGACAACAUCUACCGCCAGCCUCCAGACAAGCUGAAAUUCACCAGUGUGCCUGAUUCCCUGGAGCAGGUGCUGGCCAAGAACAAUGCCAUCAAUAUGAACAAGCGUUUAUACACAGAGGCCUGGGACAAAGACAAGACUCAAGUUCAUAUAAUGCCUGAUACCCCAGAGAUCAUGUUGGCAAGGCAGAACAAACUCAACUACAGCGAGACUCUGUAUAAACUCGCCAAUGAAGAAGCAAAGAAGAAAGGCUAUGACCUGCGAAGCGAUGCCAUCCCAAUCGUGGCAGCCAAGGCAUCCAGGGACAUUGCCAGUGAUUACAUAUACAAAGAUGGUUACCGCAAGCAACUUGGCCACCACAUUGGAGCCCGGGACAUCAAGGAUGACCCCAAGAUGAUGUGGUCCAUGCAU